AUGGGGGUACACAGGGAUGGCCAGCAGGUCUUGCUGCUGAUUGGCUGGUAUUUGUCUAUAGGGGCAGGUGCCAUUGGUGCUGAUUGGUCAGCAAGGCCACAGGUUGUGCCGCUCUGCAUGCUGAUUGCCCCCUUCUCGCCCUUGCAGAAGGACCUCUCCUACCUGCAGCAGUGGCUGGAAGCCUUCGUCAUGAACUUCGAGAAGAUCAUCGCCCUGCCCUCGCUGGAGCCCAGGAGGCCGGAGGAGCCGGUGUCGGAGAUCCCGGUGCUGCCGCAGGAGGUGCUGCAGGUGCUGAGCCAGCGGCUGGGGCACUGCGUGGCCCAGGUCCCACGGGAGGAGGGCGGCGGGGCCAGCCUCGGGCAGGCCCUGCUCCUCCUCAAGUUCUUCAUCAUCAUCUGCAGGGAAAUCAUCAGUGCAAAGGAGAAGAGUAAAUACAAGUUCGCCCCAGCCCCUUUGCCCCCCGAGUUUGGCGCCUUCUUCCAAGAGAGUUUCCAAGCCGGGGCUCAGCUCCCUGAAACACUCCAGCUCCGGCUUAUCCAUCUUUUUGGGGCCAUCCUCUCCGGUUCCAAGCCCAACGCCCUGCGGGCCAUCACGCCGGCAGCGGUGGAGGUGCUGCUGGGGGUGCUGCAGCGGGGAGGCGGGGGGCCCCCUCCGGUGCCCCGGUUGCUGGAGCUGGCGUUACGUGGUGUGGUGGCCGUGGUCCACGUUCUGCACGGCAGCAGUCCCGGCGCUGGCCCCGUGCCCUUGCGUGUCCUCCUGGAUGGUUACUUCAGGGUGCUCAAUUUGGACCUGCCCGUUGCUUCUUUGGCGCCGGAGGCGGCCAGUGGCCUCGUUGCUCUCCGUGUGCUUAUGCUGGAUGCCAUCCCAGCCAUGCUGAGCUGCGAGGACCGCCCGGUCCUCCAAGCUGUCUUUCUCAGCAACAACUGCUUCGAGCACAUCAUCCGUCUCCUCCAAAACAGCAAGCUCUACCUCAGCAGCUCGCAGGAGGCAGGUGAAGCCCGGAACGAGGUCCCUGUGUGGCCACUGAAUGGGGAUGGACUCCAGCAGGUCUUUGACAGCAGCUCUGACGCCAUUGCAGUCCACGCUGUCAGGGUGCUCACUGCCAUCAUGAGCAACUCGCCCUCGGCCAAGGAGGUGUUCAAGGAACGCAUCGGCUACGCCCACCUCUACGAGGUGUUGAAGAGCCAAGGCCAGCCCACCCAAUGCCUGCUCCAGGAGCUCCUCAACAUGGCAGUGGAGGGUGACCACAGCUCCUUCCCAGUGCGCCCCAUCCGCAAUGAGCAACCUCUGCUCAUCCUGCUGGCCUGGUUGCCAGCCCUGGCAUGCUGGGAGCUGCAGAUCUUCCUCUCGGGCUGGCUGCGGCGGCUCUGCGAAGCCUCCCUGCCCAGCCGUCUCACCUGCGUCAAGGCGGGCAUGGUGGGCAGCCUACUGAGUGCCCUGGCUACUGAGCCAGCGCUACCAGCUGCCUGCUCUGAAAAUUUACUGGAGCUGCUGCGGGCGUUGGGCAGCCUCUCCAUCUGCCCCAGGGAGCUGCGGCAGCUGCUGCAGCUGCUGAGGCACGAGAGAGGUCGGGGUCCGCAUCCCUACGUGGCGCCUGUCAUCCGGGCGCUCUCGGGGAUGGCACGGGUCGAGGGACCCCCCCGCGCACUGCAGUGCUUUGACCUGACACCCGGUAUGGCGGGGAUCAUGGUGCCCACCAUCCAGAAGUGGCCCGGCAGCGCCUUCGCCUUCCACGCCUGGUUGUGCCUGAGCGAGGAGGAGCCUGAGCCAACGGCAAGGCCGAAGAGGAGGCAGCUCUACAGCUUCUUCACAGCUGGUGGGACAGGCCUUGAGGCGUUCUUCACUGCCGGUGGCGUGCUGGUGGUGGCGGUCUGCACUAAGAAGGACUACAUGACGGUGGCGUUGCCGGAGUUUGCCUUCAACGACUCGUCUUGGCACUGCAUCGACAUCGUCCAUGUCGCCGGCCGUCGACCCUUCGGCCAGAACAUCGUCAGCAUCUACACCGACGGGCACCUGCGAAAGACAGCGCAGCUCCGCUUCCCCUCCCUCCAUGAGUCCUUCACCUCCUGCUGCAUCGGCUCCGCGGGCCACCGGACCACCACCACCACUGCCACCACCACCAGCCACCCGCCAACGUCCCACGGGCCAGAGCUGGUCUUCCCACCGCACCCCACGCUCGGCCGCUCCCAAUCUGUCCCCGCUGCCCUGGGCCCCCACACUUGGACCCCGACUCAGCCCCCCACAGAGGGUGUGGUGGCCACCACAGCAGCCGGCAGUCAGGACACUGAGUGGGGCAGCCCCACCUCCCUGGAGGGUCACCUGGGCUCCGUGGCCAUCUUCUGUGAGGCUCUGCAGCAAGCCCAGGUCAAGGCACUCUUCUGCACGGGACCAAACAUUACAUCACCAUUUGCGCUGGAAGGUGACUUGGUGGAGCUCAGCAGCAAGCUCUUGCUGUACUACACCCCACAGGCCUGCAGGAACAACAUCUGCCUGGACCUCUCUCCCAGCCACGGCUUGGACGGGAGGCUGACGGGGCACAAGGUGGUCAACUGGGACAUCAAGGACGUGGUCAACUGUGUGGGUGGGAUGGGAGUGCUGCUGCCCCUGCUCGAGCAAGUGGUGUCCAAGAAGGAGGAGCCUGAAGAUGAGCAGGAGACCAACGACCUGGUGGGGCCGGAGCUAACGUCCUCCAGGAACGCCCAGGGUUUGCUCAUCCCGCUGGGCAAAUCCUCAGAGAGCAGGCUGGAGAGGAACAGCGUGGCUGCCUUCCUGCUGCUGGUGAAGAACUUCAUCCAGAACCACCUGGUGAACCAGGAGAGCCUGGUGCAGUGCCAUGGGCCAGCCAUCAUCGGGGCUCUGCUGCAGAAGGUCUCCAGCCCGCUGCUGGACAUGAGCACGCUGAUGGCCUCACAGAUCCUCAUGGAGCAGGUGGCCUCUGAGGGCAGUGGGCUCCUGCUGCACCUCCUCUACCAGCACCUCCUCUUUGACUUCCGCAUCUGGAGCAACAGCGACUUUGCCGUCCGCUUAGGUCACAUCCAGUACCUGGCCAACAUCGUCAAGGACCACAAGCAACGCAUCCGCAAGAAGUAUGGGGUGCAGUACAUCCUCGACUCCAUCCGGACCUACUACGGCACCUCCAGGGAGAAGACCACAGCCACUGACGACAUCAAAACAGUACAGACAUCCCUCUUCAGCCUGGUGAAGGAUUUCUUCUGCAGGAGCUUCUCUGGGGAGGAGAUGCAGAGCUUGCUGAGCUAUGUGGCUGGGGCACAGGAUGAGCAGCAGGUCUGCGGGGCGCUGGAGGUGAUCCACAGCCUGCUGAAGGGCUCACCUGCCCAGGAGCAGCUCUUUGCCUUCCUCUUUGAGCCAGGCCACGUGGAGGUCCUCUUCUCACUGCUGGUGCAGAAGAAGUUCUCGGAUAAAGUGCGGGAGAGGGUCUUCAAAAUCCUCUACAAGAUGCUGAAGUAUGAGAAGGUCCCUGAGCGCAGCAAGAACCGCCUGAAGCUGAAGGACAUUGGUUACCAGGGGCUCAUCGCCUGCCUCAGUGACGUCCCCACCUCCAUGCUGCUCUUCCGCUGCCUCUCAGAGCAGGUCCUCGGGGCAGACCCUCCCAACUACAAGGACCUAGUGGCCGUGGUUUACUUGUCCCACCGGGCUGAGCUGACCGUCCGGCUCGAUAUCUGCCGCAAGCUCUUCCACUUGAUCUAUGCGCAGCAGGACAUGGUGAGGCAGCUGGCAAGGUUGGCUGGCUGGCAGGACACGCUCACCAAGCUCUACGUCAAGGAGUCCUACGAAUCCCGACAGCACAGCCUGAGCAACGUGGGCAACGGGGGCUGCCUGGAGCUCCUCCGCCUCUCGGACCCCUCUGGCAAGGAGGGGGUGAGCCCACCACUGGCCGAGCUGCAGGAGCUGGAUGUCUUCCUGCCACUGGGCUACGAGGCCUCAGACCAGGAACUCUCCGAGGGCUUCUCCGACCACUCCAUCUCCCCAAGCGGCCGCACCAAGUCCUUCCACUCGUACAACUUCAAGUCUUUCGACUCCUCUGACCGGGCCAGCCGCUCAUCCUCCAACCCUGGUGAUGGUCCUCCCUUUGAUGGUGUCUACCACCCGCUCUCACCCUUCUCCACCUCACCCUUUGACCUGGGGCUUGACCUGGCCAGCACCAGCUCCAUCGCCACGGCCGAGAGCGACACUCACACCCCUACCAGUGGCCCGGGCACCCCCUCACCCCUUGAGAGCUUCAAGCCCUUCCCAGGGAUGCGAGCACGCAAGAGCUCCAGCCUCUCCAACGUCCUGGAUGAGAGCAGCUACCAGGACGCGCUGCCCAGCGACAAUGUCUCCAACACCAGCAACCCCCAGCAAACGCCUGAGGAGGAGCUGUGCAACCUCUUGACCAACAUCAUCUUCUCGGUGACCUGGCGGGGGGUGGAAGGCUGGGACGACGUGGCGUGGAGGGAGCGGGGGCAGGUGUUCUCCGUCCUCACCAAGCUGGGGACAGCGUGCGAGCUGGUGCGGCCACCUGAUGAGAUCAAACGCAGCCUCCUGGAGAUGAUGCUGGAGUCGGCGCUGACGGACCUGAAGGAGUCGGGGCCAGCCGCCCUGCCCAGUCUUACCCACAAUGCCCUCAAGCUGCUGCGGCUGCUCCAAGACUUCUUGUUCUCUGAGGGACACAACAACCAGGCCCUGUGGAGUGAGAAGAUCUACGAGGGGGUGAGCAGUCUGCUGGACAAGCUGGGCGUCUGGUACCACCUGGCCAACGGCACCUCUGACCUCAAGGAGAUGGCCCAGACGGGUCUACGCAUCCUCAUAGGCUACAUCAUGCUGCAGGACCCCCAGCUGCACUCGCUGGCAUACGUGAAGCUGCACAGCCUGCUGCAGACCGCCUCAGCCCCCAAAAACGAUGAGGCUUGCUACCUGCUGGGCAAGCUAGAGACCCCGCUGCGGCGCUCGCUGGAUGCCAAGUCAGAGACCACCUCCUGGUUGGUGCCCAUCGUCCGUACGCUCAUGGACCAGUGCUAUGAGACCCUGCAGCUGCAGCUUUUCCUGCCCUCACUGCCCCCCACCAACGGCAGCCCCACUUUCUAUGAGGACUUCCAGCUCUUCUGCACCACCCCGGAGUGGAGGGCCUUCAUCGAGAAGCACGUGCAGCCCACCAUGGCCCAGUUUGAGAUGGACACCUUUGCCAAGAGCCACGACCACAUGUCCAAUUUCUGGAACGCCUGCUAUGAUGCCAUGAUGAGCAGUUCCCAGCGGCGGGAGCAGGAGAAGGCGGCCAGCCGCAAGAUGUUCCAGGAGCUGGUGCUGGAACCGGUGGCGAAACGCUCUAAGGCAGAAAAUGCCCGGCACACCAACAUGCUCAAGCAGGCCAACAACCACCAUGGCACCGUGCUGAAGCAGUGGUGGUCCCUGUGCCGCCUCCUCACCUCGCCCCGCUCCGCCUGGGCUGACCGGAACCCACCAGAGGUUCGCUGGAAGCUGUCAAGCGCUGAAACCUACUCCCGGAUGAGGCUGAAGCUGGUGCCCAACCUGAAUUUCGACCAACACUUGGAGGCUAGCGCCCUACGGGACAACCUGGGUGAGCUGAUGGGACUCACCAACCCAGCCGUGUUUCGGGAUCUGUCCAAGCCCAUCGGGGUGGCCAACGAGCGGCACGCCCGGGAUGUGAAGGAGAAAUAUGAGAGCUUCGAGGACCCCACGGGCACCGUGGACAAGUUCCACUACGGCACGCACUACUCCAACGCAGCAGGGGUCAUGCACUACCUGAUCCGCACCGAGCCCUUCACCACCCUCCACAUCCAGCUGCAGAGCGGCAGGUUUGACUGCUCAGACCGGCAGUUCCACUCCGUGCCAGCGGCAUGGCAAGCCCGCAUGGAGAACCCCGUGGACGUCAAGGAGCUCAUCCCCGAGUUUUUCUACUUCCCUGAGUUCCUGGAGAACCAGAACGGCUUCGACCUGGGCUGCCUGCAGCUUUCCAAUGAGAAGGUGGGCGACGUGGUGCUGCCCCGGUGGGCACGUUCCCGCGAGGACUUCAUCUACCAGCACCGCAAAGCCCUGGAGUCAGAGUAUGUCUCAGCCCACCUCCAUGAGUGGAUCGACCUCAUUUUCGGGUACAAGCAGCGAGGCCCUGCUGCCGUGGAGGCCCUCAACGUCUUCUACUAUUGCACCUAUGAGGGAGCCGUUGACCUGGACGCCAUCGCUGAUGAGACACAGAGGAAGGCUCUGGAGGGCAUCAUCAGCAACUUUGGGCAGACGCCCUGCCAGCUGCUCAAGGAACCCCAUCCUGCACGGCUGUCAGCAGAGAGUGCUGCCCAGAGGCUGUCCCGCCUUGACACACGCUCACCCAAUGUCUUUGAGAACCUGGACCAGCUCAAGUCCUUCUUUGUGGAGGGCAUCAGCGAUGGGGUGGCGCUGGUGCAAGCUGUGGUCCCCAAGAACCAGGCGCACUCCUUCAUCACUCAGGGAUCACCUGAUGUCCUGGUCACCGUGAGUGCCAACGGCUUGUUGGGGACCCAUAACUGGUUACCCUAUGACAAGAACAUCUCCAACUACUUCAGCUUCACCAAAGACCCCACCGUCUCCAACACAAAGACCCAGCGCUUCCUGCAGGGCCCCUUUGCCCCCGGUGCGGACCUCUGCUCCCGCACGCUGGCUGUGUCCCCCGACGGGAAGCUGCUCUUCAGCGGGGGACACUGGGACAACAGCCUCCGCGUCACCUCGCUGGCCAAAGGGAAGGUCGUUGGGCACAUCACCCGGCACAUAGAUGUUGUCACCUGCCUGGCGCUCGACCUCUGCGGUAUCUACCUCAUUUCUGGGUCCCGGGACACCACCUGCAUGGUGUGGCAGGUCCUACAGCAGGGUGGGUUUUCCAGCGGCUUGGCUCCCAAACCCGUCCAGGUCCUGUACGGCCACGACGCCGAGGUGACGUGCGUGGCCAUCAGCACCGAGCUGGACAUGGCAGUGUCAGGGUCCAAGGAUGGCACCAUCAUCACCCACACCAUCCGCCGGGGUCUCUUCAUCCGGUCCCUGCGGCCACCCGGCGAGAGCUCUCCACCCGCCGUCCUCUCCCACCUGGCUGUGGGGCUGGAGGGGCAGGUGGUCGCCCAGACCACCGUGGGUCAACGAGCCUGCUUGAAGGACAGGUUUGCGCUGCACCUCUACUCGGUGAACGGGAAGCACCUCUCCUCCGUCCCGCUGGACGAGGAGGUGACGGCCAUGUGCCUGACGGAGGACUUCGUGGUGCUGGGGACCAUGCAGUGUGGGCUGGAGAUCCGUGACCUCCAGAGCCUCAGGGCGGCCGUGCCCCCCGUGCCCAUGCGGGUGCCCGUCCACAGCGUGUCCGUCACCAAGGAGAAGAGUCACAUCUUGGUGGGGUUGGAGGAUGGCAAGCUCAUCGUGGUGGGGGCCGGGCAGCCCGCGGAGGUGAGCGUGGACCCCCAGCUCAGGUUGAGAGGGGGUCAUGCCUCAGUGUCCUCUGGGUGCUGA